CACAUCGCUCUAAACGGUUGUGAUAUAACGACGUAUUUACUACAUUUUUUUUUUUUUUUUGUUAAACAAACCAACCAAGUAUUAUUUUUAUUACUAGUCUGAGUUAAAAUUUUUACAAGUUGAAAUUGAAGGAAAUAUUAAUUUUCGAUCAUGGAGCUUUGGUGGAUUGUACUUUUUAAAAUUUUUAUUAUUCAAGGACUCAUUGAAAUAGGAAAAUCCGAAGUAGAAAUUAAGCUUUUGCACGUGCUAUUUCGUCAUGGCGAUAAAGUACCUCAUAAAGAAUUCCAAUUUUACCCCAACGACCCACACGGAAAUCAUUCAUAUUAUCCCAUGGAUAGUGGAGACUUAACAAACCAAGGAAAACUGAGAGAGUACAAAAUUGGAAAAUUACUUCGAGAGAAAUAUGGGAACUUCUUAGGCCCGUACUACCAUCCCAGCUUGAUCUUUGCCCGCUCAACAGACGUGCCUAGAACUCAGAUGUCGUUAGAACUUGUUCUUGCAGGCUUAUUUCCUCCGACUGGGCAACAAAUUUGGAACCCGGACUUGCCCUGGAUCCCCGUCACCACCGUUUCCAUGCCAAACGAACAAGAUAGUUUGCUUUUCCCCCAUCACUGUCCCGAGUAUAUAAAAGAGUACCAAAACUUUUUGAAGCAAGAUCAGGCGAAAAAAAUAAUAAACAAGUAUAAAGAUGUGAUGAAAUAUUUAACUGAGUAUACUGGCAAACAAGUCGUCAAAACUUCUGAUGUUUAUUAUCUAUAUAACUUGUUUAACGAACAGAUCGCGCAAAAUUUAACUUUACCAGAAUGGGCGAAAAAUGUUUACCCUAGUCCGAUGAAAGAAAUCACGGAAUUGGAUUUUAAUCUCAGAUCAUACACAAACAAAUUAAAACGCUUGAAUGGAGGAAUUUUACUGCACGAGAUAACGGAAGGAAUGAAAGCAUUGAAAGAUGGAGUACUACAACCACAGCAGAGAAAAGCUUUUUUUUAUUCAGCUCAUGAGGUGAAUGUGGCGGCAGUGGCACGAGCGCUUGGUACUAAUGAUCCAGUAUUACCAUUAUAUGGAUCCACUAUCAUAUUUGAGACUCUUAAAGACGAUCUUGACAAUUAUUUCGUCAGAGUACAAUUGUGGACCGGAGUUACAGAGCAAUUUGUGACUCAAACGAUACCAGGAUGUUCUGAAGUUUGUCCCCUUGAAAAAUUUAUUCUCCUUUUGCGCGAUGUUAUUGCGACCGGAAAAGAAGUGGAUUGCUACGGCUUGAACAAAAAAAAUCAUUCAAAGGAGUAUUCAGAAACAUCAUCGAGCAAUAAAUUAAAUUUUAAUCCAAGCAUACUUAUUUGCUUAGUUUUUUAUACGAUUACAAUUUUUCAAACGUCAAUUUAAAGUAAAAAAAAAUUGUUUUUUCUAUUAUAUUAAACUAUACAUUCAUUACCUCUGAUUAAAUACUCAUAGAGUGCAAUAGCAAGACAGUUAAUAAAUGAAUUUAUUGAACGCCAGAUGAGUUAAGUAACAAAGCAUAUAUAUAAACCAAAUCAAUAAGUCUAUUUCUCGUGAGGCGAAAGGUUCAAACACCUUGUUUAACCUGAUAUUAUCGGACUUUAAAUAUAGCGAUCCUAGUUAUACAUUAAUACAAAAAAAAAAAUGUUUGUCUUGUCUAUUUGUAUGCGAUGAAUUAUUUUCGUAAAUAUGAACGUUAUUUUAUUAGCAAAUAAACAAACCGGCUGUCAAAAAUUGACAGUCAACAAGUGAGGAAAAGAUUAAGGGACUUGUUGUUUCACAACAAUAAAAUAUUUUUCACAGCGGGUGAAUGCUGAGUAUUAUACUCCAUAUCUUUUGGACUUAGCCAGGCGAUGAAAGUUAAGAGCUGAAAACCAAGGCUUGUUCUUGUGUUGGUGAAUGUUUUCUUUAGAAUAGUCCAGCUUGCAUCGGCGAGUGUGAAAAGACAUACUCCAAUUCAUGAAUGUCUAAAAUAGCUAUAUAGAGUUAUAAUGUAUGAUAUUCAAGCAUUUAUAUGUAUAACUGAACUUCCAGUUGAAAAUUGUAAACUUUUUUUGAAUAAAAACUAAUUUUACAAAAUUGAA